UGCGCGGCCUGGCGCGUUGGAACCGCCAACUGGGCUUCCAUAACGCAGGGCUUCUCUGGCAGUCAGACGGCCCUGGGCUUGGCAGUCACUGGGGGGGUCGGUUGGGUGCCAGGACGGCUCUGCAACCUGAGAGGCCCCCUGGAGCCUGUCGGUGGGACAGAGACUACUUCUGGGUUGCUCGUCUGGGGAGGCUCAGUUCACCAGGAGCCUGUGUGCAUUCAGCCCGCCACCAAGUCGGUUACCGGAAAAUCAGCUUUCCAGUCAGCAUAAGUAGGCCAGUCGUCCAAAAGUGGGGUGCUUCCCGCAGCGAGUCGGAAAAGCCGUUUGUAGCAUUUAGACUCUGCCAAGGUCAUACACGGUCGGAAGCGUGCUGAGGAGGAAAAAUAUCCUGGAGCCCUUGCAACGAGAGCCAAAGAAUUUGUUCCCCAAUGUAAUACAUGAAUGCAAACUUACGUGUCAAACAAUGCCAACGUGUAUAGAAUAAAAACUGAAAAUCCUACUUAAUCUUUCCUCUUAUCACUGCUCUACCCAUAGUUACCUGCCGUCUCGUCCCUUCUGAACCACAUGGCUCUGACGCGAGAGCCAGCUGAGGCAAAGACCCCGGGCCCCUCCUCUUCCUGAGGACCACUGCUGCUGCAGAUGGCACCUGCCAGGCUGCUGUAUUCUUCUUGUUCCUUGGAGAAGACUCUUCUGUGCAGCUGUUCCUUCUAUGGCAUCCCCACACCCUCCGUGCAGUGGUGGAUGGGAGGGGCUCCCGUGGGUGCGAACAGUGUGGAUAGCAGUGUCCACGUGACUUCCACCAUAAUUGCCCCCUGGGCCAACAGCACCAUCAGCCUGACAGAGCAGCCAAGAAUGAGCACAAGCCUUCUCUGUGAGGGGAAGAACCAAAAUGGAACCCAUGCUUUGAGCAUCCUACUGAGGCCAAGAAAGAGUUCUUUUCUUCCCCAGACUUUCAUGAGAGGGCUGAUCCAGGGUGUUGUCUAUGGAGCCAUUGCAGCCUCACUGCUGUUUUUCUGCGUCAUCCCACUCAUCACCGCUUACCUUAAACUUCCAGAAAAAGCAAGAUAAAGUGGAGCUCAUAAAGCCUAUGAAAACUACGUGCCUACCUGGAGUCCCCAAUAUCUGCGGGAUUACCAAAGUCCACGGAAUCCUUAGGCACCCCAGAAACCCUGGAGUCUAUAACAAACCCGGAUCCCUGGAGCCUCCUCAGCUCACAAAGCCCUCUCAAGCCCCACCUGUCCCUCACACUGACUGGUUCUCCAUUGAGUAGGGUUACUCUGGGACCUGGUCUCAGAAUCUUUGCAAGCAAACUCUAUGAUCUGUUGUUCAGGUUAACCAGAAGUAUGCUCUGGCCUAGGAUGGUAUCAACGAAAGGAAAAAUAAAUGUGAGACUAUGGUCCAGAAGUAGCUUUGGAGCCCCUACUGUAUGCCCAGAACCUGGAAUAUACAUACAAGAGCACCAGGCUUUGGAGCCAUCAUAUAUGGAUUGAAUCCCAACUUUAAUGCUUAGUGGCUAUAUGUCUUUGGAUGAAACCUUUUCACCACUGCACCCUUUGAACUUCGGUAUCCUGACCUGAGGCAUAUGUAGGUAGAUAGUGAGUGAAAAGUGGUAUCCAGAGGUCCAGGUGGAGAAAAGACACAAAGACCAUCCCUGAAUGCCAAGACAAGGCAUUGGAGCCUUAAUCUUGACUCCCUUAGAAUGUAAGUUCCACAAGAACAGGUAUCUUGUCUGUCUUGGUUUCUACUUGAACCACCAGCACCUAGAAUGGUUCCUAAAAUAUAAGACUCUCAAAGA